AUGGCACAAAGAAUUUGGAUCACAGAGAAUGACCUGGGGCCUGAGUAUCUGAUCGGGCUCCCGCCUGAGAUCCUCCACCAUAUCCUCAUCUGGCUUGAUCCCUCUGAUUUGUUUCCGGUGGCCCUGGUGUGUUGGCCCCUCUACAGGUUCGUCAUAGGAAACCAGAGACUCUGUCAAGAUAUUUAUCUCAAGCGAUUGGAUGCACCUCCAGACAAUGUUCCUUUCCUGGACUGGGAGUCCGAACUUAUCGAUAUGGUGAGACUGAAUGAAAUAUUUAAAUAUGCCGAGUAUGGUAUGGUAAGUAACAUGGCCGAGUAUGAUAGGGAGGACCGGCUUCCUUUUGUCUGUAGAACCGUCAGUAGGUUGCUCAAGCACGCUUCAUUCAAUGAUGGAAGCCGCGACGAGGGAGAAGAGUCUCAACGCCCCGUAUCGCGAAACGUGGAAUAUCUCAGUGGCCUAUUUGAAAAGAAUGAGGUCGCAACUCGUAUCUUCACACAGCAGUCCCCGCUAUUUGACCGCAUAAACUCCAGGUUCCAAGGCUCUACCCCAUUUCCUCAGCCGCUUGAGAGACAUCAACAGAGUGCGAAGCUUCACUGCCUCUAUGGACGGCCCGCUCAGCAAAGCGGGAGAACGAGGUCCACGACCACUUAUCCCUGGGCCUGCUCCAAGGUGUAUGACAUACGCGAAUACAGCCAAGCCAAUGGAUGGGGCCCAUUCAGGAGGGAUGGAACCGGCCGCGUGGACUGGGAGAAGGUAGAGGCCAUCAAUAUUCUAAUGUGGAAGAAUAUUUCUACAAUGUGCCCAAGAACCGACAUCUUCGACGAGAUAUGGGACACUCCUUUUUUCGGAUCAUUUGCGCACAGCUAUGUGCCGACAAAUCUUCCUACGCUCUCUGAUCUAGAUGCCCAGGAUCCAUAUGGAGUAACUGGGACUUAUUAUCGGGUCGUAUGUUUCCUCGACCACAGUGACUUUAUUCGUUUCAACUUCUCAAACAUGGGCAUUGUCACGCACAACAUCCCCCGCCCACCGUUGGACAGAGGCGAGGCGACACGGCUCAUCCUCAUGGACCUCGAGGUCACUCGCAUUGAGCCUCCCGGUCCAAACGAGGACCAAGAUUUUCCAGUGGUGCAUUUUAAAGGCGUCUCGCGAUCAUUUGAUACCGACUUCAUCGAGGACGUCCACUCCACUCUUAGUGGCUCCGUGCGCAUGACCGAGGAAGGCGAGGUCAAAUGGUCUUCCGUCUCCGCGUUCGACGGCCAAGAAAGAUGGAGGAGCGAGGGUGUCCAGAUUGGAGGUGUUCAGUCCGCGAGGGGAGUUGUCGGUACUUGGUUCGAUAGUGACUACGACAUACACGGGCCAGUAGGGCCAACGGCGUUCUGGAAGGCUGCCGAUUGCAAGAACCCCAGGGAGGCGCUGCUGAAGGGCGCGAGCGACAUGAUCAUGCAGCCCGAGUGGCUGGAGGGCGUUGUCAUCACGUUUGAGGACGAGGACCGCGAAUCCGAGGACGAUGAUGACGACGAAAACUGGGAUGCCGGCUUGGACCCGGUCGAGGACGAGCUGCCCGGACUGCUGGAGGAUGCCGAGAUGGAUUUGGACGACGUCACGACGAGAGCCAUGGGUAACACUUGA